AUACUGGACUUAAAGGCAAAAGACAGCUUUGAUCAUUUUCUGAGCCACCAGUGUUAACAUCCUGAUAGGUGUAGCUGAUACAGAUCAACCUCAGCUAGGACAGUCAUUAGGUGAAAAGAAAAUCAAAAUGGAUCCAGAUCAUAGAGAGAUUCUCAGGUCAAAUUUCAUAGAGCUGAGUAAGGUAAUAAACCUGAAGCAAAUUGUUCCAUUUUUGCUGGAAAAACAAGUAUUUACUGAACACAUGAUGGAAGACAUACUGGCAGAAAACACUGAAGUAGACCAAAAGCACAAAUUGUUGCUGGACUUGCCUCGGAGAGGACCAGAUGCUUUUGAAAAAUUUUUUGAAAUCUUAGUAGAAACUGGACACUACAAAGCAGCAUUGAUUCUUGAACCAAAUCUUGAAAAUGCUCCUUCAUCUAAUGCACAGCUGUCAACAUUUAUCAAUUUAGAUGAUGGACUGGAUACAAGUGUAAACGGAAUAGGCCAUACCCAGUCAGAUAACCAAGGAAUUAAUCAACUACGAGUAAUACCUGCCACCAAAUGGAGGGAAGAUUCUGAUUGCUAUAAAAUGUCUUCAUGCCCACGAGGAUACUGUUUAAUUAUUAACAAUGUUGACUUCCAAAAACUAAUGGAUGAAAGGUAUGGAUCUGAAGGAGAUGCAAGAAAACUUAAUAUGGUGUUCCAUGAGCUUGGUUUUGAAGUGACUUUAAAAACAGAUCAGACAUCUCAGCAAAUGAUUGAUGUCAUCGAAGCAUUCUCAAAAAAGCCAGAACAUGAACACGUAAAUUCCUGUGUAGUGAUCAUAUUGAGUCAUGGAGAAUAUGAUAUUGUUUAUGGUACAGAUGCAGAAGAGGUUCAAGUAGAGAAAAUACUUGAUUAUUUUAACAAUGAAAGUUGCCCAUUACUGCAGGGGAAACCUAAGAUGUUUUUCUUCCAAGCAUGUCGUGGAAAAAAUUAUGAUAUAGGAGUUUCAAAGUAUAAUCAGUCUGAUGCCAAGCUAUCUCAACAAGGUGGUAUAGCAAAGAUACCAUAUACUGCUGAGACUGUAAUUCGCCGUUUACCAACCUGGACAGAUAUGUUAAUAUCAUACUCCACUAUAGCUGGAUAUAUUUCACUUCGAAACAACAUAUUUGGCUCAUGGUACUGCCAGGCUCUGGCCAGUGUUUUGAUGACUCAUGCACAUGAUGUAGAACUUACCCACAUGCUUUUAAAGGUUGAUAAGAUAGUCAAGGAAAGAGUCACUGAUUGUGGAGAAAAGCAGGCUACAGAAACACUUUAUCGAGGUUGGAGCAACAAACUCUAUUUUAACCCAGGGUUGUAUAAGUGAUAAUCUAUAAAAGUAGUAUUGAAUACAUAGAAAAAGGGCUAAUUGUAAUUUAGUUGUGGGAACAUUCUUUCAAACAGAAUAUGAUUUUCAGGUAUUAAUUCUUUGAUUUAACAAAUGCAGAUGUAAUGAACUCUUUCAAGUUUUACCUUUUUAAGUUAUCAGGUGACGUAACAACAGAGUUGUAUUAAUACAGGUUUAGCUUAAAAGUCUGUGACCCUGUUAUGGAUUCAUAUAUUUAACUAUGAGAAAUCUGGUCUUUCUCAUGCUAAUGAGAUGACAGAAUAUUUAGGUAAUGUUUUAAAUCUUGGGUGUUACCCCACUGGGUGUUAAUCUAUGUUUAGAGAUAGGAUGACAAGUGGUUUAUGAUUUCAGUUAUCCUAAGAAGUUGGAUUUUGUUUCUAAUAUCAAAAAAGUUGCCAGAACGAGAAACUCCUCGUGUUAAACUGCCUUAUUCUUCAUAUAUUUAUCUACGAAGUGGUUGAUACAAAAAGUUACUUUCUUAAGUCACACAACAUGAUUAAAAUUACCCUUUAAUAUAGUAUAUAGAUAUGAUUCCCAUUCAACCAGCUUCAAGCUAGUGAAUCGUUUUUAUGGUCUAUAGAGUCACCAUUGUACCAAAUAAGAGGUCACAAGAUGUAAUUACUACUAGAAAUCCCCAUUCAGAUAACUAAAAGCUACUGAUUAACCUUCGUACUGACCCGAGUUUUGAAGUAUCAACCAUGUUUUCCAUUACUGUACAGUUUUAGUUAAAUUGGACACACACACAUAUAGACAACAAAUCAAAUAACAAGUGAAAUAUAGUAAUCCCUUCCCAGAUGAGGAUUAAAACUAUUACUAUUAUGUGAUUUUUUCUUCUUUGAAACCUCUUAACUCCAUCUGUUAGAUAAUAUAAAUGUAUAGCAAUCUUUUAAAAUUAGGCUGUGAAUACCUAAAAAUGUGUUAAUGCUAUAUUUUGAAAUUUUUAUUUCAAAAUAUUGUGUUAUGUUAAAAUUUAAAACUAUGAUGGAUUGGUAAUAUAUUAUUUUAAUCAUAUCUUAUAUCUGAUUUUAGCAGCUGUGCUGACUCCUGUUAACUUAAACAUACAAUACUAUUUUUGAGUACAUUUAAAUCAAUACUUUAUAUAGAUAGGCCAAUACAAAAAAUAUUAAUAACUUUCAACAUUUUUUAUUGUUUACUGAGAGAUAUUAAAAAUGUGCUUUUGUUUCAGACCUUUUAACUUGUAUAUACUGUAUUUAGAUCGCACAUGUAUUAAUACAUUUAUUUUCUGUAUUGUUCAAAAAUACCAGUGUGAAAGUAAUUUAAAAGAUAAAAAAAUACACAUGAUUUAGAGGUUCAUUCAAAAUUUAUUAACAGUCCACCUGUUAAAUAUCCUUGCAAUAAGUUGUUUGAGGGAGACACUUAAUGGCAUGUUGAUGGUGUAACUAUCUAUGUGUGUGUGUUAUUAACCUAUCUACUCAUAAAACUAGUGUUUAUUUUGCAAACUGUGGUAGUGUUACCUUCAAGUAGAAGUUUAACGUGUUAAAACUCCUAGGAAUCUUAAUGCCUUGAAAGACAUUUGCUUGUCAUUGAACAUCUCUUGGUGAUAAAAGCUUAUAGUAUUGUGAAGUCCAUGGUGGGAAAAAUUAAUUAAAUAGCUACAGUUAUCACCUGAAUUAAUCAUAAAAAAUAUUUUAUUAAUAUUACCUUCAUAAAUUUUAUAAAUUUUCAUUUUUGAUAACACUUUAAAAGUUUUUUAAAUUUGUAUGAAGACAUGGAAAUGUUAUUCUUUACAUGAGAAUAAAAACUAUAUUUAGUAGUAA